GAGAAAUAAAAAAUCUUCUCCCGUUAGGCAUGAGUCCCAGCUGUGUUCCUGAGGAGCGCGCAGUGCCUCGAAUCAUCUCAAUUGCCUAGCCUGGAUGCUCUCUGAUAUGUUUAGUCCCUGUUUCGCAUCGUCAAAUCCACAUGCUUCAGACCCUCCCUCUGCCGUAAAUUCGCCAUGACUCCUGCUUCAGCACAGAAAUGGUCUAAAGUCUGGUGGCCGGCAACUUUAUCGCAGCAGAGCGCUCGGCGUCGAACACGCUUGAACGGUAUGGUGCCCGAGGCUAUUAAAACCCGGGUGCUCACCUGAGCUUCCGAACUCGCCCUCCAAAUCGCGAUAUCCUUCAUCAGUUCCCAGCAAAACCUUUGCGUCGCCAUGUUUUAUGAGGACGUCGGAGAUAUGGAAUGCCCCACACAUCCUCGUCUACAUCUUCGCGAUGCCCGGGAUGCGCACACGGUAUUCGAAGCCGUACGCCAGAGCUUAUUGAGACCGGUGAAGCGUCGGUUGAACGAGACGGAACGGCAAUUAUACAUCAAAUCUGGAUCCAUAUUCGUCUGGGAGGAAAGUGAAGAGGAAUCCGGCCUGAGAAGAUGGACUGACGGCCGCAUCUGGAGCCAAUCUCGUAUGCGGGAGCCUUAUCUGUUCUACGAUGAAAAGGUUUCAUCCAACGAGGAUUCAGGCGGGCAAUCACUAAGGUCCGCGUACCGCUUUGUCGAGGGACCAUCGCGCAUAUGGACCUCGUCAGCACAAUCGCACUAUGAACGCAGCGACCAUCACCCGACUGGUCUGGUGAAACAGGCCUACUCAGCAUGGGUCUUCACAUCGCCGAAUGCGGAGCCACGGAAGUGGCACUUGACCGCCUACUUCACUUAUGCGGACCUCCCAAAGAUUCCGACAAUCGACCAAGAUCCGAUGUUACGCAGAUUGGUCGUACCGCAGGGCGUCUACAAGAGCGCGAAAUCUAGGUCGAGGAACGCCGACACAGCGCGCACUGCCAAUUCUUUGUCAGCCAGGUCUUCGUCUCCUGCGGUUCCUGAGAACGAUGGGGCCUUCCGCGGCAGAGAAGCCCUAACACUGCCAUCGCUGCCCACAAAUUUGGCGAAUACGCAGCAUACGACCGGUGAAACUACUCGUCUCCCGCGUCCGCGUCUUGCGGAAGACGAGCGGAUGAUUCAGAUGUUGAACGCUAAACCUAUCAUAUGA